ACUGAUGAGUGACAGAGCUUCACACAGUAGCAGUGAAUGCUGCGCUGGAGGGGUGACGGGGAGCUGUCUAUUGUACACUACAGUAAUGAGAUUAUUUAACUCCCAAAGCUUCUUCUAAAUAGUAGUAACGUUAGUUGCGCUAUUUCUCGCGCGCCGCUCCACAUGUGCUCGCGUGUGCGCGCUCGAGGACUCGUCUGCUCCCUCUUUCUGCUCGACUGCAUGGAAAAGCGUAGCGUUUAAUAUCAAUAUAUAUAUAUAUAUAUAUUGAAAGAAACUGCUUCUUGGAACUUCCCUGGCUAUAUGCGCACAUGACUUUUUUUGAUACAGAAGAGGUGGAAGGAGGUUAUAUUUGUUUUUGUCUGCUACUUCUAGGGCUGAACUUUUUUCAACGGGGUUGAGCGAAACAGACCCCGCGAGCCAUGGAGAACCACACCGACUCGCAGAGCAGCACAGAGGACGUCCGUAAAAGCGGGUAUCUCCGCAAGCAGAAAUCCAUGCACCGGCGGUACUUCGUGCUUCGGACGGCUUCGGAGCGCGGCCCCGCUCGACUCGAGUACUACGAGAGUGAGAAGAAAUUUAGAGGUAAAGCGCCCGUGCCUAAAAAGGCUUUGGCGCUGGAAACGUGCUUCAACAUCAACAAACGGGCCGACUCGAAGAAUAAACACAUGAUAGUGCUCUACACGCGGGCUGAGAGUUUCGUGGUGGCGGCGGAGAACGAGACGGACCAGGAGGAAUGGUACCAGGCGAUGGUGGAACUUCAAUGCAAGAGUAAAGCACUCUGUGAUAGUGCGAAUGGGGGAGACUAUGGAUUACCAUCCCCUGGUCCUGCCUUCAAGGAAGUCUGGCAAGUAAAAGUUUGGCCUAAAGGUCUGGGCCAAGCCAAGAACCUUGUUGGCAUCUACCGGCUCUGCCUGACUGAAAAGACAGUCAACUUUGUCAAGUUGAACUCUGAUGCAGCCGCUGUUGUGCUCCAGCUGAUGAAUGUGAGGCGUUGUGGUCAUUCUGAAAACUUCUUCUUCGUGGAGGUGGGUCGCUCUGCAGUAACUGGCCCUGGAGAGUUUUGGUUGCAAGUGGAAGACUCUGUGGUAGCACAGAAUAUGCAUGAGACUCUGCUGGAAGCCAUGAAGGCUCUGAGUGAGGAGUUUCGCCAACGUAGCAAGUCUCAGUCAGCUGCCGCCGGAGCGGGAGGUGGCACCACUUCAUCAAAUCCUAUUAGUGUUCCAUCUCGACGGCAUCAUCCCAAUCCUCCACCCAGUCAAGUUGGAUUCACAAGACGUCCACGGACCGAACCACCUGGGACUACCGGAGGAUGUAAUAGCACUUCUCCAACUUCUCGCCACAACUUUCCCCAAACUCGAACAUCCAAUGAUGGUGGAAAAGUUGAUGAUGGAGGUGGUGCAACAACUGGAGGGAAUGCAUCAUUCUCAAAUCCCACGACUAAUGGGUCAUGUUCUAAUACCCCUAUACUAAGAUCAACAUCCGUUCGUGCACCAACCCCAGUCAAAGCACAGCAUCCACUAAUGAGAUCCACCUCAACCCCUGCUCCUUCAACUGCACCAAGCCUGCCUUCUGGCUCAGGACAUGGAUCUGAGUUUUGUGCAGUAGGAACUGGGACAAGCAGCAGUGGUGGGAGUGGUAAUGGUAGCAUGUACAGUCGAAAGCCUCUCCGACAGCCCUCUGUCUCUGGUUCUCAUAGCGACUAUGGUUCCUCAGAUGAAUAUGGUUCCAGCCCUGGAGAGCAUUAUCUGCUAACCCCAACAAUGCAGGCAGAGUCUGCAGGCAGCUCAGGUUGGAAUUCUGUUGGGGAUGAAGCAUUCAACUACAUCCUAAUGGGUCAGAGAGGAGCAUCCAAACCUCAGCCAGGUCAAAAUGCAUUACCCCAAACCAGGAGAGUUCUGAGGCGCUCCUCUAGCAGAGAAGGUGAAGCGGAGCGCAGGAUAAUGAACAAGCGGGCCUCCCUGCCACCCAUGGCCUUAGAGAGACAUGCACCACACCAUAGAGCUGGGGAAGAAGCUGUUGAAGAGGAUGACUAUGCAAUUAUGACUCACACAACCACCAGCCGAGAAUCCUUUCAAUCAAAGCAGGAUUCUGGAGCGGCAGCAAGAGCAACAGGCUACUUGGAGGUAGCUGCGGAGCCUAAAGGUGAUGCUGGUAGUGGUGAAACAGGUGUCCCUUAUGUCACUGGAGUAGCUAAUGGAGCAAUGGAAAAUGGCUACAUGUCUAUGUUGCCAGGAGUUACAGCUCCCCCAGUAUCCCUUUUUCAUUCCCUCUCAGUAACAAUUUCAGAUCCAGACUCAAAAUCUGCUGAUGAUUACAUGGCCAUGACCCCCAAUAAUAGCAUUUCACCCCCACGGCAGAUCCGUCCACCACCUUCUGGCACAAAUGGCUACAUGAUGAUGUCUCCCAAUAGUAGCUGUUCACCAGACCAACGAGGGGUCCCUACUGUCUGGAUUGGCAGCAGCAGUGCUGACAGCCGAACUGGCAGUGACUACAUGAAUAUGUCACCUAUCAGCGCCCGCUCUGCCAGUAGUACUCCGCCACUAGCUGAGCACCACACUCCAUCUGAUCAGCAUUCUCAGCAGCCUCCACCUAAGAUGGUAUAUUCCUACUAUUCUUUACCCCGCUCCUACAAACAUAAUUCUUCAACACACUUUGGGGAAUGGCCAGGAAGAGGGAAGCAUUUGGUUAAUGGUGAUAGAGGUCUGGGUGGAGGUAGGGGGCUUAUUAAUAGCAAGGCUAAGCAUCAGGAACCCCCUGUUGGCCGACAUCUGUCCCUUUCAUCAUCCUCAUACUCCUCCAGUUCUGCUAGCAGUGAGAGCCUAGGUGAAGGUGAAGAAAAGACUGUCAAAAUGACAGGAGGAGCAGCAACAAGUACUACUGCAAAGGAUGUUGAGCAAGGAUCCUUGCAGCAAAGGCAAGGGUUUGGAAGGGUAAAGCAAGGACAUUCUGGUCAGAGGGGCAGGCCUGUUAGUCUGUUUGUGGAUGUCUCUAAAGCCAACACUUUACCCAGAGUCCGUGAGACACCCCUUCCUCCUGAGCCUAAGAGCCCUGGGGAGUAUGUCAGUAUUGAGUUCAAGGGUGAGAGGAACCUAAAGGCAGGAGGUAAUGGAACCAGUGGAUUUCAGCAAGAUGCGUUUCUUCCACCUAGUACCCACCGCAACUUACCCAGGCCUAUUUCUUGUGUCGCUGGAUUCUUGCCUUUCUCGCAUAACUCCUCAACCCCUAUCCCUCCAUCAACUGCCUCUGAGUAUGUCAAUAUGGAGCUAGGAGUUUCACCAUCCCCUUCACCCAUCUCCCUCACAUCACUUGGAUUUCCACCAUUUCCCACCCCUCCUGUCACACCUGCAGCAGCCCCUAAAGCUUAUGAUGAGCACAGAUCCACAGUUCUAAAUUACGAUGAUGAAGAGAGUGGGAUGGGACAUAGAAAAACCAUUCAUGUAUCAGUACCACAUCCAGGAGACUCACCCCCAGCCUGUGGUGACUACACAAAGAUGGCCUUUAGCCUGAACUUAGGCAGCACAUUAAAUUGUACAUCACCAAAAGCCUCUUUGCCAGAUCAGCCUGAGUCAGUAGCUCCAGCCCUAGGUUUGGGACUAGGACUAGACUUUCCACUUGCCAAAAUCCCAAACCCAGAUCACGGGGCUAAAGUUAUCAGAGCAGAUCCUCAAGGUCGUCGACGCCACUGCUCUGAAACGUUCCAAGCUCCUUCCUCACUUCUUUCUUGCCCUGAUCACACCCAAGUUACAGCCCGUCGGCAUGGUUUUGAGGGUAUGCUGUGGGGGAACAGUUGCUCAGCAGACAUCUCAUCUCAGUACAUCAAUCCUGGACUACCCAGUCUAUCUGUUUCACAGACAUCCUCCAUGGAACAGGGUCUCAAUUACAUAGACUUGGACCUGGCUAACAAGGAAAGCUCCCAUACUGCCACAGAUGGGCAAGCAACUGUCCACACACCUGUUGCCCGUAUCUUUUCCUCUGUGCUGGGUGGAGGAGCAGCAGGGGACUCUGUAGGAACUGGUGGUUCAGGUGGUAGUGCUUCAAACCUCAACAUGUACGCUAGCAUUGACUUCUACAAGUCAGAGGAGUUACGGACACACCAAGGUUGCAGCAAAGAUAGUACAGAAUGUUGAGGCUGCAGCAACAUGGAACUCUGGGAAACGGAACACUGGCGCUCUCCCGUGCACCUGAAUGCAGAGCAGAAACAUGGAGUAAGGUGUAAGAACAAAGCCCAACAAACUUCGCAAGCACUUUUGAAAGACUGCUGCAGUGAUUGGUUGCUGCAAGCAAUGGGAACAUGCACCAGACGAGAAGAGCAGCAAACGCCAGUGCUCUCUGGACUCUCAACAGACAAGCACAGGAACCUAUCAGAGAGGAAAAUGAAGACAGUGGAGCCAAUGACAAUGACCUUCAACAGAAACUUGAACAGUUUGUGUCCAAUAUUCACAAAAAGGAUUCAGUGAUUCAGUUACAGUUGUUCAAAAAGUGCCUCUUGUUUUUAAUUGUCGCUUUCUGAAUAUAGACUUUCAAUUGUUCAAGAAUUGACUGAUGUGCUUGAAGGUUGCUAUUCUUUAAUUUUAUGUACAUUUUAUGGAAGGAAAAGAGUGUCUUUAAAAGCUUUGCUGAAGACAUCAACAACACUGAUGGUAAUUCUUCUGCUGAUAAUGAUGAAGAUGAAGUUAUUAUAAAUCUCAAAUAGUGUUCUUCAUGGUGUUUAGCUAAUCUAGCAUCACAGAUGUGUUGACUGACUGCUUCAUCAUCCUUCCGUUCCUUGUUUCUUUCUUUACCCCAUUUGCCCCAUGCAUGACAUGUUCUAGCCAUGUAUUAGUACUUAAAAGCCUGUCUCGUUUCUGCAUCUCUUCCCUCUGCUCCCUUCAAAGAAGCGUCCUGAAAGGAACCAGCAAGAGACAUUUGGCUCAGUGACACUAAGUGUCUAUUUUUACUCUAAGGGUGGGGUGCUUCUGUGAUGGUGUCCUGCGUACCUCCACUGGCACGGAAGGAUGCUAGCUGACCCAUUCCACAUUGGAUUAUACCAAUGAUAGUCCAGAACGGGGGUGUGUAAAGGAUAUAAUUUGGAAAUCAUCCCCACACUCUACCACAGUGACACCCAUUGCUGGCCAACAGUGGUAAAAUAAAAACAGGAAUGUUAAAAACAUGAUUUUCUCAUGUGAUUUUCUUUUCUUUUUUUUUACUUUUUAUUAUGUUGGAAGAUCUUUAUCCUAUAAAGAUUUUCUUCUGAAUUAACUUAAAGGGACAGUUGACCUAAAAUUUAACAAUUUUUCAUUAUUUUGUCUGUUUGACUUCCUUCUGCUGGUCUAGAACAACUUGAGGGUGAAUAAAUGAUGCCAAAAUUGUAUUUUUUGGAUGAACUAUAUUUUGCCUUAUUAUCUGCUUCUGACAAACCUCAGUGAUUGAUAUGGAUAUUUAUGAUAUUCAGUGUGUGAUGGUUAUGUUUGCACUAGUGUGUAUAUGUAGUGUGUUUGUUCCUGACUCUUUACUGAACUGUUUCAGGGUGUUCCAUCUUGACGUGUGAUUGUAACAAAUGGUGUUUACUGGAUCCAGAAUGACAAAUACACAAUGAUCAUAA